AUGGACUACAGCCUACCCAUGACACCGUUUGACACCCCUCCAUCUAUCGCCUAUUCAAUCCCGAUGACAUUCAAAAAAGUCCCAGUGGUUGAAAGACCUAUUAUCCAGCUUCACGAUGCGGCAACAUUCGAAGGCCAGCAGCUCGGUGCUAUUCUUGCAGUCAAAAGGGCAUUGAGAGUCAUGAAUUUCUACACGCCUCUUGCGAAAGUCGGUGAUUAUGUCGAGGUCAUAAGACAUUACGAUGUGAACCAACUCGAAGUCAAGAAUCUUCGCACUGGUAUCACAGGAACCAUGAAUUGGGAGGAUCUACUUCCUAUUCCAUAUGAUGGGAAAUGCUGCUGUUUGGAUGGAGGGUGUCGAUGCGUCUACGAGACUUGGCAAGUAUAUUCUGCACGCCGUCCACCUGGAUCACAAAGUCAAAAAUCGGUGCCCGUUGCUGGUGGUCAGGAUGUGAGUGGGAUUUAUGUUUCAAUGCCGAUUCAAACACCUGCCCCUCCGAAUACGCCAUGCCAAUCCGAUAACAUCGGAAUCAAGACACAUCCCGAAGUAAACGACCCUUUAACCAUCGCGGGACAAACUCCCGGCGCCAUCUUAGCCGUGAAACACUUCGCCCAUAAUCCUCACGAUUUUGGUCCUCUCCUCGAAACCGAAAUCGGAGAUCGCUGUAGAUAUCUGGAGGCCUGUGAAGGAGGUUGGGGUAAGGUGCGGGUGAAGAAUCUUCGCACGGGGAAGGAGGGGUUUCUACGUUGGGAAACUUUCAAGCCGGUCAACGUGAGAAACAAAUGUUCUUGUAUUAAGAGCUACUGUUAUUGCGAGUAUGAGGAUUUUGAGAAGAGUAGAGCUUAUUGCGAAGCUCAAAGAUGA